AUGUUUAGCAAUAUUAAGCGCAAAUUAACUCACCCACGCCCAAAGCCUAAUUCUUCUACUGCUCAGUGCUUAACAAAAAAGGAUGAAGGAACUACAAAGAAAGACAGAGUUGAAUUCGUCAAACGAGAAGCAAAUCCGAAUGAGCCUUCGUCGUUACGUGAUACUUUUACAGAAUCUGAUUUUACUAAAACAACAACAAUAUCAUCUAUGCAUAAUGCGGUUACAUUGGAUGGUUGUGAUACAAAAAAUUUUGAUAAAUCUAACAAUCAAAAAUAUUCUUCAACCUUUAAUCAUCAUCAUCAUAAUGAGACGGCUUCAGAAACAAUGAAUUCAUCUUUGCAUAAUAAUACAAAUAAUUCAAAAUGUCAAAAUAAUAAAACGGAUGAUACAUGUAAGGCGUCGAUAACCACAACAGUGUCUAAUAAGUCUAAUUUCCAUAAAGAUUCCAUUGUUUAUUCCUCUCAGUUAGACAUUAGUAAUAAUAAUAAUACUAGCUCUCCUGGAAGUGAGAGUUUUCUUGGUAGUUUCGAUGGUUGUGGUAGUGGAGGCGGUGACGGUGGUCGUGGUGGUUCUUCCACCUCUUAUCUAUCACCUGCUUCAUCUUCCGCUAAAGAUUCAAAAACAGAAGAGGAUCUAGAAGAAGAAAAAUACUUGAACAAUAAUAAUAAUAUUGACAAUUGUAACAAUAAAUCAAUAAUGAAAAAUCACAAUUCUUACCAUCAUCAACAAUUGUCGUCUAGUCCUAAAAUUUUAACAACUCAUCUAAUACAAAAUAAAUUCAAUCCACAUCCACUAGCUACUAUUAAUCAAUCACUGAAUGUCACUACUAACAAUAAAACUCAUCAUAGUAAUGAUAAUAAUAAUAAUGUGUGUAUUCACAAAAAUGAAACUUGCAAUGUCUGUGAUCAAACUAGUAAUCAUUUAAAUAAUACUUGUAAUAUAAAUUGUAAAAUUAAUUCUACUCCGUCAGUUAAUGAAUCUCCUGUUUAUGAUAAUUGUAUACCAGAUAUUAUUAAUUCAAUAACGGCGACAACAACAAAUCAUCAUAAUCCAGUGAAAUUAUUGACUACUACGAACAAUUGUAAACAUUCACAACAUCAAUUACUGUCUAAUAAUAAUAAUAAUAAUAAUAAUAAUAAUAAUAAUAAUAAUAAUAAUAGUUUUAGGCAAAUAAAUAAUGAUCAUAUUCAUCAGUCACCACGUAUGACGACAUCAGCAACUAAUCAUAGUCCAGUUUUCACAAUGAAUGGUAUUAACAAACCUUGGAGUUCUGUAGAUGGUUAUAAUACGUCACGUAUUGUAGUUGGCACUACAAUAAAAGAAGAAGAAAUUGAAAGCGAAGAAUUCAAUUCAUUGACAACAUUUCAAUCAUGUACUACCGAACAGGAGAAUUUAAAAAAUUCUACUUCUACAAAAUCUUCUAAUCAACAAAAACUUAUGAAUUCAUACAAUCAUAUCAAAGAUCCUUUGAAUUUACCAGUUCAAUUAGGUCCACAUCUUGCAGCCGCUGUUGUACAAGCAUCUGAUGAAACUGGAACAGCAACUGCUGAUCUAGUCGCUGGUUUAGCUGAAGUUCGUCGACGACCAAUUGAUGCCAGAAAUAGACUUCGCCGACUUGGUUUAAUGCAAACACCAGAUAAUGGGAAUUUUUAUGAAGAAUUAUCAUUUAAUAAUAAAGUCGGCAAUUCAAUAUCAAAUCGUUUAUCUUUACCAGCAAGUAUUAAUCUCCCACCGCAUUUAUGGCAUAGAGCUACACAAUUUUUAGAAGAACCUAUGUCAAGACGUGAGCGUCGAUGUUCAUUAUCGGAAAUUGGUUUUGGAAAACUCGAGUCUUACGCCAAACUGGAUUUAUUGGGUCAAGGUACCUAUGCAACUGUAUACAAAGGUAAAAGUCUUCUAACAGAAACGUUAGUUGCUUUAAAAGAAAUACGUUUGGAACAUGAUGAAGGUGCACCAUGUACAGCUAUACGUGAAGUGAGCUUAUUGCGUAAUCUACGCCAUGCAAAUAUAGUCACUUUACAUGAUAUUAUUCAUACUGAGAAAUCGUUAACAUUGGUAUUUGAAUAUGUGGAACGUGAUCUAAAACAAUAUUUACACGAUUGUCAUGGAAUUAUGCAUUCGGAUAAUGUCCAAUUAUUUCUAUACCAGUUAUUACGUGGUUUAGCUUACUGUCAUGAACGUCGUAUACUACAUCGUGAUUUAAAGCCACAAAAUUUAUUGAUCAAUAGUAGAGGAGAUUUGAAACUGGCUGAUUUUGGUUUAGCUCGCGCCAAAUCAAUUCCGAUUAAAACUUAUUCUAAUGAAGUUGUUACAUUAUGGUACAGACCACCAGAUAUUUUGUUAGGUUCAACGGAAUAUUCUACUCAUAUUGAUAUGUGGGGCGUCGGUUGCAUAUUCUAUGAAAUGGCUACUGGUUGGCCACUUUUUCCUGGCUCUACUGUAGAAGAACAAUUGACACUGAUUUUUAAACGAUUAGGUACUCCAAAUGAAACAAAUUGGCCAGGAGUUACCAGCCAUCCAGAUUAUAGUAAAUCGCUUAAAUACGGUCCAUAUCCUGGUGAACCAGGGGGUCUUCCACAUUUAACUCCACGUUUAUCACGUCGUGCACAUCGUUUAAUGGCAGAAUUAUUAGUUUUUCCUGGAAUUCAACGAAUCUCUGCUAUAAAAGCUUUGAAACAUGAAUAUUUUAUUGAUUCUUCCCGGUUUCCAUUUCAUACAUUUAAUAGUUUAUCAGCAGAUUCAAGUGUAUUCGAUGUUCCAGGUGUACGACUAGCAUGUGAUCCUGGACGUAGCGCCAGUCUACCGACAAAUCGUAUGAGUUCCUCAAGCUAUUUCUCUUCAAAUAAUGGAUAUAAUAAUAAUAAUAUUGUAAGAUGUACAAAUUCACAAUUAAAAGUUAAUCCUCAUCAUCGUCAUUCACAAAUUGAAAUGAAUAAUUUAAUGAAACAUCGAAAUAAUCAUGAUUAUUAUCGUAAUCAAAUGUCCGGUUUAUCAAAUUGCAAUAAUGUUAAGAUGAUAGCGUCUCAAUUCCAAAGUUAUACUAACAAUAUCAAUACUACUACUACUAAUAAUAAUAAUAACAAUACCAAUAGUAAUAAUAACAACAGCAAUAGUAAUCAUUUCUUUCCUAAAUAUCAUUGUGAAAUUAGUAAUAUGCCUCCCCCGCCUCCUCCUCCGCACCAAUCUAUCUCAUCGAAUUCUAUGUGUGCUUUACAAGUAUAUUUUAAUAAUACCGGCGGAAACACUACUGCUAACAUUACUACUACUACUAAUAGUAAUAACAAUGCAUCUUGUCGACCAUAUUCAACAGCGUUCGAAUCAAAUUAUCCUCUCCCUUCUAUAUCGAAUUCAAGAUCAUUUAUCAAUUCGAAUUUCGUGCUUGGCCCAACGAAAUUCAAUGAUCAGUAUCAAAUCAAACCAGUCAUAGGAUCAACAAUAAUAGGGUUAGAUGUAACAAAUUGCACUACAUCAAAUAAUAAUAAUAAUAAUAAUAAUAAUAAUAAUAAUAAUAAUAAUAAUAAUAAUAAUAAUAAUAAUAAUGAAAACAGUAAUAAUACUACCACUGUUGUUUAUAAACCGCAAACAGUAAAUCGUUCUAAUUGGUUAAAUAUUGGACGACAAUCUUCAGGUCGAUUUGAAGAUCGCCGACGUAGUCUUUUCUCAUGA